AUGAGUCGAAUUCCCGCAGGUCUGCUUUAUCUCGCCAUCUACAACCCGACUCUCCAUUCGGCUGUCCAGACCAACCAUGACGAUGAGGACGCCGAGGAACAAGCACAAAUCCUAUUUUACACCGCCCGCGAACGCGCUGUCUCUCGGGAUCGUAUGCUUCGACAAAUUGGUUUGGCGAAGGCUUUAACGAACUUUGCCGAGCUACUCCAAUCAAAUGAUAGUUGUGAAAACGUACAUGCUCAAUCUAGAAGGAUGAUCAUGGUGUCGCCUGAGCCGGACUAUUGGAUUCAUGCAUGCUUUGAGCUCGCCAAAACUCCAAGACCGCCAACUAAGGCGAAAGCGAAAGCAAAGAAGAGUGACCCAGUCGUCUCACAGGAUGUGUCCUUCGACUUCCAUGACUCCUCCAUACACGAUAUUUCACUUCGAGAGCAUCUAUUACGUGGGUAUGAAGAAUUCAAGCUGACACAUGGCUCUCUCGCCGGCAUUCUCUCAACCGCUGGACAACAAGCCUUGGAGCUUCAGCUCGAGAGAUUUUUCACCGUCUGGGCUUGGAGAUGGGAUGUUGAAAAUGAUGUCGAUUUUGCCUCCUCUUUGGGCGUUCAGAUACAUCCACUAACGCAUCUGUUAUCUCCUGAGCUGGAUAAACUUGAAUCGCUCCUACCUGAAGACACCACUGUAUUUGCCCUCGCGGCUCCGUUUGUCAUCCCAUCUUUCAAGUUCUCUGCAUCAAAGUACCCCGCAUGUCUCACUCAUCACAUAUUAUCCCGUGUACUACCUGUCCCUCUGGCGACCCCCAGUGAUUCUCCCUCGACGCCAAUAGAAACCGUACCUCCGACAGAUACACUGCAGACGAGUGAGGGAUUCUCCGCAACUGAUGGUGGUACUGGUACAUCUAAUUCUUCCGUGGGUGCGGGCAGUAUGCUCGCAAUGCCGAGUGUAAGCCUCAACAUGGAUGUGCGCACACUCAAAUGGGGUUGGCCUAGUUACUUUGCUUUUGGGAAAGGGACUACACCCAAGACAUCUUAUAGUCUUCCGAUGCCUUCAGCACCAACUGCUUCACCUCCACUAGAACAGAGUGACGACGCUACUGAAGAAUUCCAUUCGCAUGCACGUCAGGUGGCUGCAAAUGAACCACUUGAUGUCGAUGCGGAAUCUCUACGGGAAGCUAUGUCCACUGAGUAUGCGCACAGUGUUUCUACCCAAAAUACACCUCCAGGUACACCUCCCUCCGCUCCCGACCGGAUGGUCAGGAGUGACGUUCUCGGUACUGGGUCAAUAACGAUAGGGUGCCUACAAGAGCACUCCACCCCCGGAAGUAAUGAUAUUCAUGAAGAUGUUGCACGCAUUGAACCAGUCGUCCGCGUAUCUGGGGCUGUGCCCGGUGCACAGCAGGCCGUAUCAUAUUUUCCGUCUUUUACAGUACAUUUACCCGCAGCCACAGAUAACCGACGAACACAGCCUAGAACAAUAUGGACCUUCUCUCGAGACCGCCUAAUGUUGGGGCUAAUACUCGAUCCUGAAUGUUCAUACCGCCAGCAUGAAUUGAUAGAAAUUGUUGCUGAGACAUUGGCGAGUCUAGUAAGCAUCGUGGAAGAAAACGUUAAGAAAGUGGACUCUACCACUGGACUGCCCACUGUGACCACAAUUUUGCAGCCGCAAGAUCAUCAUGUUGUAUCUUCGAAUGGUUUUACAAGCAUAUCUUCCACAGGGUUCAAAGCUGGCACAGAGCAUCUGUUCUAUUCUCGACAAAUGUUCCAAAACGACCCGGAUGUAUCUGAGAUUUUUUCGCGAGGACUACAUCCUCAGCACUGGCACAUGGCAAAACGGGGUCUAGGAACAGAUGAAGACGGGCGUCGAGCUGACGGCGAGGUAUUCAUGCAAGUAGCCCGAAAGGAAAGUACCCUCACAGAUGUUGAUAAUGAGUUGAACGCUGUUGUAAGGAAAUUCAUAGGCAGUACUAGUGAUGGAAACUAG